AUGGAAAAUGUAGUUUUGAUCUGUCACGCAUCGGUGCAGCCGGGUAGUUUCUGCAGACCUCGCACAGCGCCAUUUUACCGCCGCCCGCAUGUACACUGCACCACCAUCGCGGCCAGGAAUCCGCCCGGCUCUGCCCCCGAUUCCCGAUGGCGUCCUGCCCUUUACCUACUAGCUCCACCUAUCUGCUGUUCAGCGUCAUACCGUCGGCGCUCCCGCCCGAAGCCACACGACACGAACUACCACCCACGAUCCGUAGCUGGUCAGCGGGAUUUUGUGCCUCCGCUCGUGGCCGACAAGUUGCGCGACUUUCACGGAACCUGCUGCAGCUUGCACUACGGUACUGCCACCAAGGACUUGUUGCUGUCCUUCCACAACCCGACACCUGCUCGCCGGCCGUCCUUUGAUAAACUUCUUCCCGCACUACCUACUGCUACUCCGAUGUGA